AUGUUUCCGAACGCCGGAGGCGGCCCAAGUCCGGGCUUCAACUACCAGCAGGGCGGAGCCAUGAGCAGCACCAGCGGGUUUCCGAACCAAAAUGCAGCAACGAUUACGAACCAAGCAUUUGACGCCGGGAAUAACAAAAACUGCCAAUAUUUGUUCAAAUUCAUCAUCGUCGGUGACGAAGGGGUCGGGAAGACCUGUUUGCUCCUGCAAUUCACAGAUAGGAGGUACGUAACUACUUCUGUCGCUGCACAAUUCCAUUCUCGUCGAUUUUUUUGUCUCUCUGUGCUCGUUUCGCUUCUGUGAAACUGAAAGUGAGAGUGAGAUCAAAGAAAGAAAACACCACCACAACGCUGUGGAGGUCUACUGAUACUGUACUAGGUAUCGAACCCACCACGAGGUUACCGUUGGCGUCGAGUUUGGGUCCCGCGCGAUCCAGAUAGAAGGCAAGGACAUCAAGCUUCAAUGUUGGGACACAGCGGGGCAAGACCGGUUUCGAAGCAUCGUGAGGAGCUACUACCGAGGAUCGGCAGCAGCAUUGCUGGUCUACGACAUAACAAAGUACUUAUUCAAAGUGAGAGUUGGCACAAUUUACUAUCAAUUUCAUUUUCAUCUUGAAUGAUGGCCCUUUCAUUGCAUGAUCAUAUGAAGAUGCACAUCAUGUUUGCCUCCUUUUGUGUAUGCUGUUGUGCAAUUUUUUUUACUGAUCAUUUCACUUAAUUCCACCACCUCCACAGCCGCAGUUCCUUCCAACACGUGGUGUCCUGGCUGCGAGAGGCCCGAGAGCACGCGGACGCAAAUUUGACAAUCACACUGGUCGGGAACAAGAGCGAUUUGGCAGACAGGCGGCAAGUGUCCUACCAGGAGGGCUACGAUUUCGCGCAGCGGGAAAACUUGCAGUUUGUGGAAACCUCGGCCGUCACGGGGGAUAACGUAAAAAUAAAACUGUAGAGAGGAUGAACACUUGUGCAGCCUGCAGCUAAGUUCUGACUCGAAACUAGCAACAGUGCUCGCUACGUUGCAUGUGUCAGACUGUAAAAACUGGAUGUUGCCCACCUGCUUAGCAUGACCAUGACAAAUUAAUUUACCCUCUACUUCUGAUGCUCAAUAAAUAUAGGUCGAUGACACCUUCAUCCAAACCGCCAGCAUAGUCUACAUGAACGCCGUCGCGCCACUCCAUGAGCCUGGGCCAGCGGGGCCGAUGGGAGGAGCAGGACAAGUGACCGCUAAUCAGAAUCUGAACAACAUGUACCUCAUGAACAACUACGAUGGCGGAAUUAAGCUGACGGCCCAGGAUCAGAACCCCUACGGAGGCAGGCAAGACCAACGCGGCAUGCACGAACACGAAAACGACGGCUGUGCGUGUGCAUAG